UUGAUAUCAUACUGUACAAAUUUGAAAGAGGAUGAAUACGCUGUUAAGGUUGGGAAGUGAAAAGUUUGAGCCAUGUUGAACAUCACAGGUUCAGGAGGAUAUUCAGGACAGUAAUUGGAAUAUUGACAUUUACGAACAAAUUUACCAGCCGUUUGUCCCAGCAAAUGAGGCCACUCACGAUGAUUAUGGAGCAGAUUUUGUGAAAUUUAAAAGAAAAUUAUUUGUGAAAUUGACAUUUGGAAAUGGAAAUUAAAAAAAGGGCACCAUGGGAUAUAUAUACACAGCUGUGGUGAUGAUAGAAACGAGGAUUUGACACUAGUACAAUUUCUGGAUGACACAGUUGUAGACAUGUGUAAUUCUAUGUAUAUUGCUGGGUUUCAUAUUAAAGUUUUUUCUCUCUGUAACAAUGGAUUUUUCAGCAGACAGAAUUAACAAAAUGUCUGGAGAUAUAGGUUUUGUGAUAAAGGUUUUACUGUGGAGGUUUAAAUUCUCUGGAAACUUAUGUGAACACCUGACGUUAAGAAGUUAAAAUCAAAGCUAAAGUGUGGAUCUUUAUAGAUAAUAUCUGAGGAUAAAUGCAACAGUUCCUCGACAAACAGACUAUUUCUUUUUUCAUUUCACUAGAAAUUGUGAAAUUUGUUUGUUUUCCCAAUUAAUGGAGAAAAAGAAAUCUUUCAGUGGGCCUAAAAGGGCUAUAAAAUCGAUGCGAGGGUUCUUUUCCGGGAGUAAGAAUUACACAGGGUUCGAGUUUGUGUGUCCGAGUGCUUCUAAAGGACAAGAAGACAAUACAGACAUGUGUUGGUUUGCGGCCGAAGGUGCCCUUUCUGACCUUACAAAGGUUACCUCCCUUUCUCAGGUGUCUUCACUUUGUACCCUACCGAAGGGUAACAUCAAAAAGAAGAAGAAAUCCCUGAUACCAGAAUGGCUAACUAUGGCGAGAUCUACAAAUCGAGCAAGCUUAAAAGAAAAACUUCAAGAAGAGUUUCUGUCGUGCAAAAUUUGCCUGGAGCCUUUUAUUAAGCCGAAGGCUCUGCCUUGCCUGCAUAGUUUCUGUGAGCACUGUCUGAGGGAUUAUGUUCGCCGGCAUCCGGGGGAGAAGCCGGGACACUUUCCCUGUCCCAUGUGCCGUAAGGACACACCUAUACCUCUUGGAGGAAUCUGUGACUUUCAGGAUAACUUCCUGUUGUUAAGUUUGUCAGAUACACUUGAUGAAGACAACAAUGAUGAUAAUACCGAACACUGGAACAACAUAACUAAUUCGCCAUCAAGUGGAUUUUUAAGUGUUAAUCAGAACCACCAGGUGUCACCACCAAGGACAUUAGCGCCACCUACCCCACAGGAAACAUUUCUUAGGGGGCUAGAUUGGUAUUUUGGUAAAGUUAGUCGACAUGCAUCCGAGGACUGGCUUCUCUCCCCUGGGUACCCCAAAGGAACAUUCCUUGUCAGACAAGGCGAAGCUGCCCCUGACACCUUUACCCUUUCUGUACGUGACUGUGAUGAACUCCGUGGCUAUUUAGUCAAACAUUACAAAAUCUACACCCAGAGGUCAAACGAUCUCCGGGGCGACGAUUAUUACUUUAUUACACCCAAGAGAAUGUUUAGUUCACUGAGUGACCUUGUCAGUCAUUACUCGGACUCGGCAGAUGGGUUAUGUUGUAAACUCGCUCAAACCUGCCCGAAACCCAGAUCACUCCUUUGGGCAUUCGAAAGGGGGAAACAAGAUGACUAUGCUACAGCACGGGAAUCCAUUUUACUAAUAAAAAAGUUAGGGAGUGGCCAGUUUGGUGAAGUAUGGCUAGGUACGUGGCAUAGUAGUAGACAGGUGGCAAUCAAGAUGCAGAAAAAAGAUGCUGUUUCAACGGCUGCCUUUCUGGACGAGGGACAGAUCCUGAAGACGCUUGAGCACCCCAACAUCAUUAAACUUCUAGGAAUCUCAAAUGAGGCUGAGCCUAUAUACCUUAUCACGGAGUACAUGUUGAAUGGUCGCCUGUCAAUGCACCUACGAGAGGGACAAGGUCGUGACCUUGGCGUCACACAGCUUCUGUGGAUAGCCACACAGAUUGCUGAAGGCAUGACGUACAUGGAGAAGGAGAAGUUUGUCCACCGUAAUCUCGGCGCCAGGAACAUUUUAGUGGGAGAUAUGAAUGUGGUGAAAAUCGCUGGCUUUGGGAUGACCAAACUGGUGGAUGAUCCUGACUUCAACUUCAGGAGAGGGCUGAAAAUGGCCAUUAAAUGGAUGGCACCUGAGGUCCUCAUGUGUAACAAGUACAGUACGAAAGCUGAUGUGUGGUCUUUUGGAAUAGUGCUAAUUGAAAUAUUCUCAUACGGCAAGGAGCCAUAUGAAGGUUUAGGAAGUAAGGAGGCGUUUGACAAUGUGCAACACGGUUAUCGAAUACCUCGUCCGGAAGCAUGCCCCCCAGCAGUCUAUGACGUCAUAUUACAGUGUUGGAAUGCAAACCCCCCUUCACGACCUUCAUUUGACUUUUUGAACACUUUUUUACACGACGCACAAUCCUCAUGACCUGAAGAAUGACCUGUCUCAUGGGAGGUAUACAAAUGUUUUGAGCAGAAACAGGGCAUUUUCAAACACUUCAUCUUGUGCUACACAUUCUAGGAUAUAGUGAAUUCUUUGGCAGGAGUUUUGGACAGAACACGGACAGACUGCGAAGACAGCUGCAUGUUAAGAACACUAUGGAAAAGACAGGAAAUGGCUGUCUGUGUGAGAUUUCUUCAUAUGUUCUUGGGAAAGUUUUCACGAUGAUCAUAGACAAUAUGAAUACUACACAAACAGAUUUCAAAGUGCAAUGGAUUAAUACAUUUAUGACAAUGAUUAUAACAGUUUGUUACAUCAAAUGGGUGAAAAUUGUGUUCAAGCAAACCCUGUAUGUUAUUGAAUACACAAGGGUUUGGACAUCUGUCAUUGCUAUCCAUCGGUCCAUCUCACUACUUAUUUCAUCUCGGCAUCUCAUACCUGUUUAAGUCUGUUUUAGGAAACAUGAAAUUGAUAGAAAAUAUUGUCUGGUAAAUAUUUUGUUAAAAUCUGAAGCGAUUGGUUUUCUUUUUGGAGAUUGUAUCUUUUUCGUAAUCUAAUCUUUGAAUGUUUUAAACUGUCCUGUUGUUAUUACAGAUAUUUAACAGCACAAAUUGUCAGAGCUAACCAUUUGAUGAACACGAAUCUCCUGCAGAAUGCACAUGGCUUGAAAUAUUGAAUCAUUCACAGUAUAAUUGAAAGACAACAGGCUUAAUUUUUUAUCCAUAUAUCUUUAGUUUGAGAUUUUAGAUUCACAUUUCAUCAUUAUAACUAAAAUAUCAUGUAUUGUGUAAAAUGAUCUUUAAACUUGACAUUACAUACAGGGUUAUACACAGUAUGGUAGAUUUUAUGUUUUCACAUGUACAGGAUACCGACUAUAUACCUCUUCUGGCUGGUGAAGCCAACCGGGCAAUUUUUUACUAUCGUACACUUUUAGAUGUGUGAGAUAUGCUAUUAGAAUGACUUAACUUACAAUCGUCAGAUUGACCCGGCUUUGUUUUUCAAUUAUUGAAUUCCUGUUUCAUUCAUUUUUGAGCCAAUCCAUUUCAAACUGUUUUUAAUCUGAAAACAAUUGAAUGAGUUACCUCCCUUUCCUUUUGAAAAAAGUAAGUAAAAAUUAGAGUACCUUUUUUUUGUAUUUCUGUUUUACUUUUCCAAUUUUUUGUUCUUGGUCAAAACUAGCUUACUGUCAUUGGUUGUCUUUGGUCAACAUUCAUUAGAAGGUUGGAGUCAUGUGUUCUGAUAGCUGUUGUUGGUCUUAUUAAAUUCCUGUUUCAUGGCAGAAUUAAAUAUUAUAAGUUGUUAGAUAUGACAUAGUCACAUAUAUUUAUAAAAUAAAAUACUUAUCCAGUAGGAAUUGAGAAAUAGUGACAUUUUUAUCGAUGUCGUAUAUAUACUUAAAUUUAAAAAAAAAAAAAUUAAUGUUGAUUUAUAAAUCCAGGCAUUCUAGCUGAGGCUUUCUGAAAGUUUUUACAUGAAAACACAAAAACUUUUAUCAAAUUCAAUGUAGGAUCUGUCAUUGAAAUGGAAAUGGAAAAUACUACUGGUGCCUAGUUUUUAAUGCAGAGAUUUUUUAUGGUUUUCAUAUGUGUUAAACUUUUUCAAUGAGUCGCAUAUAAUGCUUGAUAGAGUAAUUUAAUGGAGGAUUUGGUAUCUGUCUCCUGGUGAAAUGCUGUUGACCUUGCUUCCAGUGUUUUUUGUUUUUAAGCAUUUUGUUAAAAUUGAAUUAAAUCCAAAUGUGUUCAUGAACAGUUGCCUCCUCAUCAUUGAGGAUUUUUAGUACUUACAUCUUGUAUUUAAUGUAACAGUACCUUUGAUUGGUUCACCUUGAUGUUACUACAUGUUUCCAUUGGUUAAAAAUUACUGCCAAUAGAAACCCAAGUUUGAAAUCACUGAUUAAUGUACAGUUAUCUUGAUUGUGUGUUGAUUAAAAUUGUUCUGUAAGAGAUGUGAAGGCUCCGUAGCCUUUAUACUAGAUAUAUAAAAUCUAGUUCUGCCCCAGUUGACGAGCCUAGGACCAGUCGCCAUAGUAGACAGUGUUCCUGUAUCUGUUCUCAGACAGAUGUUGAAGUGUGUUAAGGUUGUACUAUAUCUAUAUUUUUUUGUACAGAUGUAAAUAAUAUACCUGAACACACCCGAUCAUUUUUAUUUUUUAUUUUUUUUUAAUUUCCUUAAUUCUUACUUCAGUUUGACAAGGUGUACAAAUAAUAGUGUAAAUUAAUUAAUUUUUAACGGGUUUGCCUACCUUUGGGAUCAAAUAUACCAUAAUGACUGUAUGAUCAUUUUAGAACUCGCGACAUUUCCGCCCCAAUUUUUACUUCACAUUAACUUUAACUGGAGUCAAUAGUUCCCAAGUUCUCUCUCUCUCUCGCGAGAGAAAAUUAUACAUCUCCCAUGAUGCAUUUGAUCUGAAAGUCGGUGAACAUCCCGUAACCCAUACCAGCAAGUAGCUUGGAGAGUAUACAAUGAAUUAUUUAUGUUUGGAUUUGUCGAAUGUUUUUAUGUUUAUUGAUGAGCUAGAAGUGGCAGUUACAGCUGUCGUAAUGUAAAUAACACUGACUACUGUAAGUAGAUUAGUACUGACAUAAACAUUUAACAGCCAGUCCUGGCAAGCUUGGCCCCUGGUACUUUAAAAGUGGAAAAAUGCCCCAAGUCUCAUAGUUUGUAGAAAUUACAAAGGUGCUAGCAUCACAUGACAAAUGUUUGAUAUAUUUGAAGAAUUUUUUUUGGAGGUUCAUUUUUCUUAAAAAAUAAAUUUUGACUCCUUGUUGAAAUCUAAGAUAUGUCUCUAGUAUAUGUUAAUGCUUUAAUUUCUAAAAAGUAAAUGCAGUUGAGUUAUAUUUUGUUAAUUUGAAACAUAAAGGUAUGUAAGUGACUGGCAAUAAUGUAUCAUAUAUUUAUAAUUUCAGAAUAUCCAUCAACAAAUACUUUAAUAUGCAUGUGGUAUCGAUAUAAAUGAGAAAUUCAGUGAUACUUUUCAUUUUCAAAAUUUUUUUGUCAUGAUCUGUUGUUUUAUACAGCUACAUAUUUACCUUGUAAUGAUGGUUAUACAAUAUAUUGUAUUUAUCCGGUAAUAAGCCCAGGUGACGAAGGUACCAGUGUGUAUAUACGGUCCCUUCGUCCUGCAGUAAGCACACUUCUUUGUAUCAGAGUUUGUGUUGUUGCUAUGGACUAGUUACGGGAUAAAUAUAAGAUAAUCCAGAAUUGUUGAUUAUAUCCUCGGUGUCUCGUCGCCGAGGAAACUAAUUAUGUUUACUGCCAUGUAACUGUUGGCAGACGAUUGUACAUAUUAAGUGAAGUGUAAUCUUUAUAAUGAUAAUAAUUUAUGGUAAAUUCACCUUCAUACUCACAUAAUCAUCUCAUCUCUGUACUAUAGUAAGUCAACAUUAUCACUCCACAGACUUGUAUUGAAGUGAAAACCUGGUACUGGUUUAUGGAAUACCACAUGCUCUUUAAAUUGAUAUAGAUAUAAAAGAUAUAUUUUUCUGUGUACAUACAGAUUAGCUGUGUAAAUAUUUUUUUUGACAGAAAAUAGCAAAUGAAAUUGAAUUCUAAAAAAAAAAUAAUCUGCUGUCCAGUAUUGGUCUCCUUAUUUUACAUAAAUUGUGAUUUUAAGUAAAUGUAUUGAAAAUUUUGAUUGACAGUAAUAUGAUAUACUGAAACAGUUAUCCAGUGUUUCUGGCGAGUUGUGUUGCAUUACCUUCUGUUUCGGUGUUUGAAUUUUCAACUUACAGUAUUCUUUGGUACACAAGCCUAAUCCAGGAGUGUACAGCUAGGUAGAUUUACGGUCAAAUAAAAAAAUAUCUUUUGUGAAAUUAAAGUGAAAUUUUGCAAAAUCUUCCUGUAUGCUAGGGCUGUACCAGGUAUUUAUAAGACACAAUUGUACACCCCUGCACUACAUUGUAAAACAAAUAGUACCUAGACUUACGCACUGAAGCUAAUCCCUCGGCAUGACUGAGAUUUAUGUUAAAAGUGUCCCUCUAAGGGUCCGAUUCCACAGGUUUACCAGAUAAAACAUUCAGUAGUACGGUGUGAUGUGAUCUUAGUUCACUCUUUAUUUCACUUUGCACAAAUAAUGCAGAACUGUUGAUAUAGAAAUAUUUGUUUGCAUAAAAUCUUAUCCCCAAUAAAAACCAUGUUUACAAAUUUAAAUUACAAAGUUUUUGUACAGCUGCACUUAUAAAUCGGAUUAUAUCAUCACAAAAAUAUAUUAUUGUAUUGUUUUCCAGGUGUAUUUAUAGAACAGAGUUUAUAAAUUAGAAGUUCUAGAUGCCACAAAUAUUUGUAUUUCAAUAGAGAGUAGACUACAUUCCUUCACUGAAUAAUUGAUGCAUGGUCUAUCAUUAAACCAGUUCAGUCUUUAGAACAGAUCUUGCUUAAAGUUUCCUUCAGAUUUUGUUACAAUAUAACAUUUUGUGUUAGUUUCAUCAAAUAUACAUUAUUUAUGUAAAGGUUAUUAUGUACCAGACAUACUUUGUAAAUUCAUCAUGAUUUGUUCAUUGUUACCCAGUAUCGAUUCAAUAUUUCAUUUAAAAUAAAGCACCUUCAUCCCGCAGUAUUCAUUGUACAGAGAUUUUCACAAAGGGAGAUAACUGUUGGAUGUACUUUUGUCACAAACUUUGGUCAUGGCAAACUUAGCUCGUCGUGCUAAAUAUGUUGAAUAUUAUUAUUAUUAUUAUUAUACCAUUAUAUCCACCUUUGUCUGGUUCUUGGUUGCAUACUUAAGUCUUGCUGCAAAAGGUUCAAUGUGCCAUUUUUGUAGUGCUGAUCUACCAAUGAAAAUGCUCAUUACAUAACUAUUGGAGAAUGCUUGUAUUGGUCAGUAAUAAUUGAUUUGAUUGGGGCAGAGUGUUUACAAUUCAUUGCUCUGUGUGGAACAGAAGGAAAAUAAAUAUGAUAAAAAAAA